AUGAAUGGCGGGGAUGUUGAUAUUGCUGAUAACAAGGAUUUAGUAGAAUACUCAGAAUUUCUACAUAUGAUAAGAAAGACGGGGCCCGAAACAAGAAGAUUAAAAGAAGUUGAUCUAUAUGUAAAAGCUAUUAAUCAAGAUGAUGAAUAUGCUGAAGACAAUCCAAUCAUACAAGAUAUAGACAAUCCAAUCACACAACAAAUAGACGAAUUGGAAGAGGAGAUAGCUAGAGAAAACUGUGGACAAGGUAUAACAUUCAUAUCCGACAACAACGAGGAACUACUUAAUAGAUUAGAAAUAAUAUUAGCAGCAAUGAAAGAAGGUCAUCGUUCAGACAGACAAUAUAAUGAAGUAAAUUGCAUAUUAAAAAGAUUCCUAGAGAAAGAUUAUGAGUACGAACUCGAUCGCAAUGAAGAAUAUGAAUUGGGAUUAAAAUAUUUCUCUGUUUACAAUUCCAUUAGAAUUAUCAACGAAAAUAAUAACCAAAUGAAAAUAUCAACAGAUAACGGAGCUACAUUCAAAACCAUAAGUUUACUACCAGGAAGCUAUGAAUACGUAGCCAUAAACGAAUAUCUAUCUGAAUACGCAAGGAAGCGUGAGCGGUAA